AUGCUGUCGUCGUACAAGUUACUACAAAGACAGCUUCGAAGGCUACCUCUACCGCGUGGUAUGAUUCUAGACGGGUCAAGAGUGUUGAAACAGCAGUAUCUACUUGGCAAAGCUAAAAGAUUUGAACACUUAUUACACCAAAUCUUGGAUCAAGAACAAUACAAAAAGAUAAGUGAAGUGCUUGACGCUAUAUAUAAAGUGGACAAACCCCAAUGGUAUAAAGAGUUUGAAAAUAUUCCAUACAUGAAAGUGAAGGGCCAUUGGCCCACAGUGCAUUUAAUUGACUCCUUGACAGAUAAUGAGGACCCGAAAAAGACAUACUACAAUAAGCUACCCCAGCCUUUUUCUGUGACCCAAGCACUCAACAUCAACACUGAGAGUUUACGAGAGCCACUACCGUUGAUCAAAAGAUAUGCUGAGCAGAUAAAUCCAGUUGUUGAUAUCAUCAAAGAAGUAAGGAAAGUUUAUGCGUUUAUUAUGUCACAAAGAAUCUUUGAUGUUACAAAGCAUCCAUUUGAAGUGUUUUACUAUCCUUCCAAACUAGGUAUACCGGAACACCCAGUUGGGUUAGAUUCUUUAUUGAGGAAAAAAGUGAGCCAGGUUAAGCGUGUAUUGGAGACAUUUCAACCAAUUCAAAAGUCACAACUAGAGAAGUUGAUGAAUGCUAGAGGUUCAAUCAACUCUAGAUUCUUCCUCCAUCUUCAAAGAAAACGUAGUAAACAGACAACUAGUUUCCAAGUUAAGAAAUUAAUCAUCAAAGAGAAGAUCUUGAGUGAAGAGCAAUUACAAGACAUAAUUCAAAAGUAUCUACGACAACAAUAUUACCUUGAAAACGCAAGCUAUAAACUAAACAAACUAUAG